UGUAUUUUAACAUGGAAACAAACAAACAAUGUGAAUUGUUGUAGACUUGUUAUUUUCUGAAAAUUUAAUGGAAUUCGGCUUGAAAGAUCACUAUUAAAGAAAAAUUAGGAGAAACAGAGACAGUAUAGAGUAAUUUCAGCAAAGAAAGUCAGUGAAGACAGUCACAGUCAAGUGUCAGUACAGUACUUUGCAGAUCCACCUGCUCAGCAAAGUAUAGCAUGACUUCAGUUAAGCAAGUUGGCCUGCUGGCUGCAGGUUCCCAGCCUUGGAACCGUGAUGUUUGUGCUGCAAGUGGUGAUAGGUUUGCAUAUUCUGCAACCCUUGCUGUCUAUAUCUAUCAGCUUGACAGACAAUUCAACGAAUUCAGAAUGCACUCCAUCAUGUCUGAACACAAGAAAACCAUCACUGCCAUAUCGUGGGAUCCAAGAAAUCAUGACAUUAUUGCCACCUCCAGCGCCGAGUGCACCAUCAUCAUCUGGAACAUUUCUGAGCAGAAAGUCAUCACGAAACUGGAUAACAUGAAGUCGGCACCAUGUUCGAUUGGUUGGUGUUACCACGAGCGCGAAUCUGUCGGAUUUGUGUCUGGGCGUGGUCCGCUUUAUAUCUGGAACCAUAUUCCAGGAGGUGCAGUGACUGUGUUCCAUAAAGAUACGCACAACUUUCUGUCGGAUGUCUGUCAGUUUCGUUGGCAUCAACGGAGACUUGGCAAGGUUGCCUUUGGUCACAUGGAUGGAACUUUAUCUGUGUUCAUGCAGGGUCAGAAGUGUCGGCGACAUGUGUUCCGCCCAGAGUCUCUAGAAGACUCCGAUGAGGAUGAUCCAGUCCUUGACAUUGAGUGGGAUCCGUUAUCAACAGAUUAUAUUCUCACUGCCAAUACUUAUACGGGUGUGCGUAUGAUUGACACAGACUCCAUGACUGUGAUAAUGACAUUCCAAACGCCAAGUGUCGCAGCACUGAUCAAUACCAUUGCUUGGAUUAGUACUGCUCCGGGGAUGUUUCUCACUGGAGACCGACAAUCGGGCAUAAUGAGAUUAUGGAACGUAUCUAGAGAGACUCCGAUUGAGAAUAUCAGCAUCAAGAGCACCGGCUUCCACGCGAUGCACGUCUUUUCCACUGUUUAUACACCACACCAUGGCUCAGCUGAGCAGAAUGAUCACCAUGUGUCGUCUACAAGUCCAGCAGUCCCGGCUUCCGCUGGUCCUGCCCGGUUUGCCCUGCCACCUGGCAACGCUGUUUGCACGUUCAUGGAUGGGGGAGUUGGCUUGUACAAUCUUGCAAAACGCAACUGGACUUUUCUCCGAGAUGAGGGUCAUGUUGAGACAAUAUUCGACUGUAAGUUCAAACCUGAUGAUCCCUCAUUGCUUGCCACAGCUAGUUUUGAUGGGACCAUGAAAGUCUGGCAUACAGAUACUCUAACAGCCGUCCAUGCCUCACCAGGCAAUGAAGGUGUCAUCUACUCCUUGUCAUGGGCUCCAGCAGACCUCCACUGUAUAGCAGCCGCUACAUCUAGAAAUGGCUGCUUUAUUUGGGACAUAGAAAAGGGGAAAAUAAUACAAAGGUUUAAAGAGCAUGGUACUUUCUCUGUGUUUUCAAUUGCCUGGUGCCAAAAAGAUUCCCGGCGCAUUGCGUCAUGUGGUGCAGACGGCCAUUGUGUAAUUCGACAAGUAGAUGGCCAGCUCAUACAGCGAUACAAACAUCCGGGUGCAGCUUUUGGGUGUGACUGGAGCCCCCAUAACAAAGACAUGAUCGCGACAGGAUGCGAUGACAAAGCUGUGAGAAUCUUCUACCUCGCGACAAAUUCUGAACAGCCAAUCAAAACAUUCCUUGGUCAUACUGCCAAAGUGUUCCAUGUGCGAUGGUCGCCCCUCCGUGAAGGAAUUCUCUGUAGUGGAUCAGACGAUUGUACAAUCCGUAUUUGGGACUACAGCCAGGGUGCCUGCGUAAACAUCCUAUCAGACCACACCAGACCUGUCCGAGGGUUGCUAUGGAACCCCGAAAUACCAUACCUCCUCAUCUCUGGAAGCUGGGACAACUCUAUCAGAAUCUGGGAUGCUAGGGACGGCGCUUGUGUAGAAACUAUAUUAGACCAUGGAGCCGAUGUCUAUGGCCUGACGUGUCAUCCAAUGCGACCAUUUGUGCUGGCGUCGUGUUCCAGAGAUUCAACGGUCAGGAUCUGGUCCCUGACACCCCUGGUGAUGCCUUUAGAGAUGAACAUCUUGGCACAGCGGCCGUGGACAGAAAUUACUGGAACUGUAGAACAUGCUAGUGUAUUAGGCACACCGCCCUUACUUGCUGGACGAGUAUCCCGUGAUCUAAAACACCGAAUAGAUAAACUCAAGGGGGACGUUUUCUCAAGAACGAUCAGGUGGUUCUCAACCUUUUUCAUGCAUCCAGGUGGAGCCACCAACCUUUGGGAGUUGAUCGCAGUGAUCAAUGGGAUGUCUGACAGUAUGCUGUCACCACAGUAUAAACAGGGAAUCAUGCACAUGAAACACACAGUUAUGUUUAAAGAGUCAGAAGCUCAACAGUUAGAGAUGAUCCGUAUGAGGCAGUUCACUGGUGUUGGUGCUAUGACUAAAGAGGAGAGCCUGACUAGGGCAGCUGCAAUACAUAUACGUCUCGGUAACCUGCGGCGCUAUUGUGAACUCAUGGUUGAAAUGGGGAAAUGGGAAACUGCGUUAUCAAUAGCCCCUGGAGUGUCAAUGGACUACUGGAAAUCACUAACAGAAAGGCGAGCUCAAUCUCUGAUGCAUGAAGACAGUGAUGAUGCAUUAGGGUACUGCAUGGCCGCUGGCAUGACGGAUGAACUCGUGACCUUCUUGACCUCAAGAGGCCAGCUGAAGGAUGCCACGCUCAUCGCCCAUGCUGUCCACAAUGGUUACUCGGCAGCAGAGAGGGGGCAGAAACAGGUUAUGAAUGAUGCUACAGAUGGAAAUGAUACGAGGUUACUGGAGCAGACGUAUUCUGAUCUGGCAGAUUGGUACUUUAGGAAUGGUUCACCGAUCAUGGCAGCUUGUUGUCAUUUAGCUGUGGAAAACUUUCAGGAAGCAAUGAGUAAACUAAUCCGAGGGAAUGAACUCGAGCUAGCCGUCAGUGCCGGAAUGGUCCUCAAUAAGGCCAUGCCUCUCACCUAUGUGGCUUUGGAACUGUUGUCAAGGAAAUGUGAAAAGAUAGGAAGAUGUCCUGACUCAUUUGAUACCACACCCAGGGAUCUUGCAGUGGACUUGAUCAAUAUUAUCCCAGAUAACCGCGAUGCCUUAAUCAAGCUGUGCUCGAAGUGUGCUGCCAGUAUGGCUGAGAUUGAUGACCUACAUUCCAAGGCGGGACUCCCUGGAAUGGAAGAAAGCUCUCAGCAGGCUGAGCUUCUGCAAACAGAUGGUGAUGUACAUGAAGCCAUUAGACUAUACCUACUCUCAACUUGCCCCGAGAAAGCUUUGAAAAUUGGCCUCAAAUUUGUCAAAGACAAGAUGAAAGAAUCAGAUUGGCAAGCCAAUGAUGUGUUUGAUGUGCUACAACUCCUUGGUGCUAUCAAGACAGAGAAACUACAUCAGCAUCAGUGCACUGAGAUGAAGAAUGAACUGUUGACGUUGUGCAGCUAUGUUGGAGGACUUGUUGCCCUGCGACGCCAGUAUGAUACAAUCGUGACAGCACUUUUCAGAAAUGCCAGACACUUGUUGGAAAAGGAAGGACCAAAGGUGCCAUUAUCGAUGGCCCAGAUAGAUCAAGAGAUUGAUGCCUGGGAGGCUCACCAUCCUGUUAGCAACAAAAAAAAAUCUAGAAAGAAGUCUCCACCGACUGAAGACCUUGUCCAAGUUUACCAAAGCCUCCAAAGCAGUGCAGGGGAGGAAAUGUGGCCUGUUCAAACAGGCAUGGACUGCAUCGCCAGCUCUCAUCUCCCUAGUCACUCUGAUUGCCACGUGUCGCUCCUCAAUCAGCAGAGAAUUCAGGGCCCUACAUUCUUUCUCGAAGACGGACGAUCAGCAAUUUCAAUAAACGAUGCGUUGAUGUGGGCGAAAGUGAAUCCUUUCUCGCCAUUGAACUCUGGUGUUCGUAUCAAUCCAUUUUGAUUGUUGAGCGACUUGUGGGCACACCUCAACUUGUUAGUGGGAAGUAAUUUGCAAUAGAGUGACUUUUGUUGCCGCUGAUUGUUCUGCACUGAAUUUUUAACAACUGAACAUAUUUAACCUUAUACCUGUUGUAUUUGAAUUUCUAAUCCUUGUGCAACACUCUUGUUGGAGUGAUGGGAAUCUGGCUUUAGAAAUAAUUUAUGAAACAAUUUGCUAUUUUAUCGUGCAAUGAAGUAGAAGAUGGUGAUGUGUUCAAGCUGUUGUAUUAAUAGCCAAGUGCGCUUAUCUAUUAUGUCCACCUUUUGCCCUUUGCGGAGCAAGAGCCACCAAUAGUAUUAUUCUGUGUCUUGUAUGCUGAUUUUGGUGCGAGCUGUUAAUUGUUCUACUCCACCAGCCCAACUCCAUCUAAAAGAAUGUACCAUUCCAUAUUGUUAGGUUAUACAUGUAUGACAAAGGCAUAUUGCAAGAUCUAAAACCACCCGUUUUAAUCAGUCAAGCAUCCAUCAGCUUGCCAUGGCCGUUUUUUACAGGCCAAGUUGUAUUUUUUCACUUCAUAUCAUUGUUAUUUUGAAAACGCCUGCCAAAAUUCUGUUGUCAGUUUGUUGUUGACAAGAGUCUAUGUUUUAUGAAUAAAAAAGUUGU